GACGGAAAUAAGUUUCCGUGCACGCUUGCCGGUGUUUCGUGAGAUAGUUGUUUAGUUUUACCGGCAAUAUUCUAAAAUUUACACGGCAAAUCCUGAUCGCAGAUAGCCACAAACUAUACAUACUUUAUAUUUUAGUUUCAGCCACGUGCAAAAAGUUCUACCAUGAUCACGCCGGUCCGGAUAGCCUGUAGGCGGGGCAUCUUUGAAAAACUCCCACUUCUCCCAUGUUCGCAAGUUGUAUUGUGUAAACAACUACGGGUAGUCUCUUCCUCGCAACAAAGACGACAGUUUACUAGUAGUAAUGGAUCAGCUUCAAAAGGAUAUGAUGUUUGUAUCAUUGGGGGAGGUAUUGUUGGUAUGGCAACAGCAAGAGAAUUGAUUUUAAGACAUCCAAUGCUCAAGUUCAUCACAUUGGAAAAAGAAAAUAUUCUGGCGCCUCAUCAAAGUGGACAUAAUAGUGGUGUUAUCCAUGCUGGCAUCUAUUAUCAACCAGGAUCACUGAAAGCCAAACUGUGUGUGGAAGGUUUAGAAAUGUGCUAUAAAUACUGUGAUGACAAUAAUAUACCGUACAAGAAAUGUGGAAAGCUAAUAGUUGCAGUAAACCAGGAACAAGCAUCUAGACUAGAUGGUCUAUAUGAACGAGGCCUGCAGAACAAUGUCAAGGGAUUGAAAAUUAUCGGACCCGAAGAAAUUCGAGAAAGAGAGCCGUAUUGCAGAGGGAUUAAAAGCUUAGAAUCACCAAAUACAGGGAUUGUGGAUUUUGGACAUGUUACAAGGUCAUAUGGUGAAAACUUUAAAGACAUGGGUGGAAAUAUUAAAACUGGACACAAAGUUACUGGGUUCCAUAUGGCAAAGGAAAGUGUUGCUGGAUCCAAAGAAGGUUUAAAAUACCCAGUUACUGUGGUAACCAAGAAGGGUAAUUUUAAUUGCCGCUAUGUUGUAACGUGUGGUGGUUUGCAUGCUGAUCGUUUAGCAGAAUUAUCAGGGUGCAGUCCUGUGCCGAAAAUUGUUCCUUUCAGAGGAGAGUACCUGCUUUUAAAACCUGAGAAAAAUUACCUUGUGAGAGGCAAUAUUUAUCCUGUUCCAGACCCUAGAUUUCCAUUUUUAGGAGUACAUUUCACACCACGUAUUGAUGGUGCUGUGUGGUUAGGACCGAAUGCUGUGUUGGCAUUCAAACGAGAAGGAUAUGGAUAUACCGACUUCAGUGCAAGCGAUCUCUUCGAAGCUCUCUGUUACAGUGGCCUUCGAAAAUUAGUCUUUAAGCACUUAGCUUAUGGUAUGGGUGAAAUAUACAGAGGACUCAAUAUUGCUGCACAGGUUAAUAUCCUUAGAAAGUUUGUACCAGAGUUGAAGUUCAGUGAUGUAAACAGGGGUCCAACAGGAGUGAGAGCUCAGGCAUUAGGAGAAGACGGCAGUUUAGUUGAUGACUUUGUAUUUGAUACUGGUAAGACUGAGAUAGGCGAACGUAUACUGCACGUCAGGAAUGCUCCUUCACCAGCUGCAACGUCAUCAUUAGCGAUUGCAAAGAUGGUAGCCGAUCAUGUGGAAAAGAAAUUUGAACUGUAGUACAAAAAAUCUUAUAAUUAUGCCUUCACUAUAUUUUACAAAAUCUAACAAUAUUAUUCUAUAAAUCUCAAAGAUUGUAAUAUACAUGUAUAGUAAUUAUUAUGAACUUUAAUAAAAAUACAAUUCACUUUUAAA